AUGUCUUCUUCAUCUUAUAAUCCAUACAAAGAUAAUAUUAACGAUCGAUUAAUCAACAACUCGACCGAUUCAUUUCAGGACAAUUAUCAAGGGAUUCCUAACAACAAUGAUACAUUUUUAUCGAGAAUAUUUGGAUUAAACUCAAUUUACAAUCAACUUCAAGAUAAUUAUCAAUAUUAUGAUCCUGAAUUUGAUAGUUCAUUGAAUCAACAACUCCAAAAAAGUAUUCAAGAAGAAGAUGAUGCUGAUGCUGAAGACGAAUCUUUAUUACCACAACUGCAGCAACAAGUGGCAGCAGUGGAUAUGGCCAUGCAAGACAAGUCUACCAAACAAAAGAGUAAAUCUAGUAGUUUGUUGAAUUCGGAUUCUGAUUCUGACUUGUCAUCUUCAGAAGAUUCAUAUGUGCGACCUAAUAUACCCAAAAUCCCUUCAACCCCAAUUGAAACUGAUAAACAAGGCCUGUCCUCAAAAAUAAAGUUUCUGAUUCCACAAAGGGCAAAGAAUCUAGUUGGGAAAUUUCAACCACAUCAUGAGCCAACUCUACCAGUUUAUCAAACUCCGCAACAGUUUCGAAGAAAUUUACCACAACAACAACAACAGCAGCAACAGCAAAGAGCACUGGCCACUGGGAAUAAUAAUUAUCAAAGAACUAGGAAUAACAAUAGAAAGUUUAUUAUCCCACCCAAAGAACGAGCAUUGUAUCUUUGGGCAAACAUUACUAAUAUGGAUGAAUUUUUGAGUGAUGUUUAUUAUUAUUAUCGAGGUAAAGGAUUAUUAAAUAUUGUUUUAUCAAGAGGAUUUGAUUUAAUUAUUCUUAUAUUUAUUUUAAUUUUCACGGUAUUUUUGAAAUGGGGUAUUGAUUAUUCGAUUUUUUUCGAUAAUUUACAUCAAGAAGAAUCCAAACAUAUUACUUUGAAUGAUAUGAUAAUUCCUAAUUAUUUUGCCACGAUACCUUUAUCAAUCAAAUUUAUAUUAUUUGGAUUUAGUAUAUAUAUAUUGUUGCGUCUGGUUCAAUUAUAUCUCGAUUAUAAUUAUAAAUUAAAAGAACUUAAGAAUUUUUAUCAUUAUUUACUUGAUGUUACUGAUGAUGAAUUGAUGACGAUUAGUUGGAAAACUAUUGUUGAAAAAUUAAUGUUAUUAAAAGAUUAUAAUAUUUUAACAUCAACCGCCACCAAAUCAAAUAAUUUCCUGGAUAAUCAUUAUGUCAAUGAUUUAUCAUCUAAAGUACGAUUAAAUGCUCAUGAUAUUGCUAAUAGAAUCAUGAGACGAGAAAAUUAUAUGAUUGCUUUGAUUAAUAAAGAUAUUCUUGAUUUAUCAGUUUUAUUUAUGAAUGAAAAAUCUUUACUAACGAAAACUUUAGAAUGGAAUUUGAAAUUAUGCAUUGAUAAUUUUAUUUAUAAUCAACAAGGACAAAUCAAUGGGAAAAUUUUGAAAGAAUAUAAUCGAAAUCAAUUAGCUCGAGAAUUAACUUCGAGAUUUAAAUUGGCCGCCAUUAUAAAUCUUAUAUUAUCACCAUUUAUUGUGAUUUAUUUUGUUUUAUUAUAUUUUUUCCGAUAUUUCAAUGAAUAUAAAUCAAAUCCUGCUUCAAUUUUGGGUUUAAGACAAUAUACUCCCUAUGCUGAAUGGAAAUUACGAGAAUAUAAUGAACUUUCUCAUUUAUUUAAUAAACGAUUAAUCAUGUCAAUGGGACCAGCCAAUACUUAUAUUGAUCAAUUCCCUAAAGGGUUUCUUGUGGUUAAUUUGAUGCGAUUAAUAAAUUUUAUUUCUGGUUCAAUAUUAGCUGUGCUUGUAAUUAUGGGGAUUUUAUUAGAAGAUGAAAAUCAUUCAUUUUGGUCAUUUGAAAUCACUGAUGGUAGAUCAGCAUUAUUUUAUAUUCUGAUUUUUGGGACAAUUUGGGCCAUAACUGCCAGUUCUGCUACUGGUACUACUCAUGAACUGACAAUAAGCACAACAAGUCAAUCUUCCAAUUCAAAUUCAAAUUCAAAUGCAGCAUCGACAUUUGUUUAUGAUCCAGAGGCAAGUUUACGAUACGUGGCACAAUUUACUCAUUAUUUACCUAGUUCAUGGAAUAAGAAAUUACAUACAAUACAAGUUAAAAAUGAAUUUUGUCAAUUGUAUUGUUUAAAAAUUAUCAUUAUUAUUAAUGAAAUCUUAAGUCUGGUAUUAACUCCGUUUAUCUUAUGGUUUAAAAUAUCUCAUAAUAGUGGGAACAUUAUUGAUUUUUAUCGAGAAUAUAGUAUUCAUGUUGAUGGAUUAGGAUAUGUUUGUUAUUUUGCCAUGUUUAAUUUUGAAGAAAAAGAUAAAAAUAUGAUGAAUGAUUUGAAUAAAUCCAAGAAAAGAACAAGAAAGAAACUCAGAAUGAAUAAACAUGGUAAAAAAACUAUAAUUAAUCCAAUUCAGAGUCAAAAGAUUAACAAUAAUAAUAAUGAAAUUGAAAUGACAAAGAUUUCCAAAAGUGAUCUGGAAAAAAGUAGUGAUGAUGAUAAUGACAAUGAAAGUACUUAUGGCACCGAUGAAGAAUUGGAUUAUUUAUCGUAUAAAAAAGAUGACAAGAUGAUUAAAUCAUAUAUGUAUUUCUUAGAAAGUUAUGGUGGAUCCAAACAACAACAACCGCAACAACAACAACAACAAAAUCAAACAGUUAAUGGAUUAAGGAACCGAAAUCCAAUUCAACCUAUUGAUCCAACAAUAAUGACUGGGAAUUAUUAUGAUCAACAAAGUUUGAAUUCAUCAAUUUAUAAUAUAAAUUAUAAAUUUGAUGAUAGUGGAUUAUUACAAGAUGAAACAUUGAAUUCUAGUUCAAGGAAGAAAGGAGGUGUUUUUGGUAUGUUAAAUCAGUUUUAUAAACAAGAUAUCAAUAGGUAA